UUGCAUAUUUCUUAACAAUUUUACGGACGAUAUUUUCCUUAUUUUUAGGAUGACGGAAUAAUUGAGAUUCCUUUUAUGUGUGACUCUAUUGACUUUAUGACUUUAUGAGUGACUAUUAUUCAGAAAGAUGUAGCGUUCUUUCGACAGUUUCGAUAUUCUGUUAGGUUGAUGCAUAUGAAAUACCGUUUCCUCCAAAUUUCCUAUCGACGUAUUAAAGAAGAAGAAAUUUACUAUAAAUCGUAUACGUGGGUACAUUGAAUGUUAAGAAUCUUCAAAAUUUCUAAUAAAAAAAGAAUUUAACGAUUAAUCGUCAACAGGUCCAUUCUACAAAUGUUUGACCUGUAGAACUUUCACUUCUAAUUCUUAUAAAUCUGAAAUAAUGAGAUCAAUUAUUAUUUAGGAAAAUGCAUUGAAUCACGCGAAAAGUUUUCGUUUUCGUUGAACGCAUGAUCUUUUAAAAAAAAAUUACGUUAAAAUUUUAUUUAAGAGAAAAAGGAAUUUCAUACGUAUCAACAUGAAAUUAUCCAACAAGUAUACGACGUUAUUUCAUUUUCAUAUAAACCGGUAAUUCUAGAAGACAUUUACAGAUAAACCGACGACGAUUCACUGAAUGAAAAAUAUAAAAUAGUACGUUAAGAUUGUUGAAUGUCGAGCAACGAGUGCAGCCGCAGGAGCAACGUAGUAUUUAAGAAAAAUGCAAGAAUUCCAUGCAACUGUGGAUGGGAAGUGAGAUUCGGUUACGGUGUCGCGGUUACGUUGGCCAUCUUCGAGGCUAAACGUUUUUUCAUGUUGAUCCUGGAGAUAUUUGCCGAAUGGCAAAUCAUUCGAUUCGCAGGUGGUCUACGACCAGUCAUAUUUACGUUAAUAAACGUCAGCUUGGGUUUACCGACUGCUCUAAUUACUGUACGCAGUAUACGAACGCGAAAAGUACCACGCUGCUGCGCGGAAACAAGACGAACGCUAAAAUGCUUGUUAAUAGUGAUCGCGAUAUGCGCCAUAAUGAACGCGGCUACUCUGGUCUCCAUAGGAUAUCACAUGAACGUCAGACAAGAAACGUUAAUCGACAUUUUCAACAAUUCGAUGCAACUGUACGUGAGUGCAUCGUCUUACAAGUACGCGCUCGACGAGAUACAAUUCAUCUUUCAAUGCUGCGGCCAUUCCUCCUACACAGAUUGGUUUCUCUUUGACUGGCAGGUGAAUCCACCAUUCAAAAAUGGUAACUCAAAGCACGGUAUAACAAGUGUGAACAGAAUAGUUUAAGAAUAUCGAAUAACGUAAAAUAGUAUGAGAAAAAUAUUACACGAUCAGGGAGUAGACUAUGCUUCGCGAGAUGAAAUGGCUGUGCAAAGUCCAGUAUCUGACGAAGAAUAUAGAGACCGAAGUGUC